AUGCCUCCAAAGAAACAAGCUGAGGAAAAAAAAGUGCUCUUGGGCCGUCCAGGUAACAACCUGAAGGCCGGUAUUGUCGGACUGGCUAACGUUGGUAAGUCUACGUUUUUCCAAGCUAUCACCAGAUGUCCGUUGGGUAACCCAGCGAACUACCCGUUUGCUACCAUUGAUCCUGAAGAAGCCCGUGUGAUUGUCCCAUCGCCAAGAUUCGAAAAGUUGUGCGACAUCUACAAGCCAGCAUCCAAGGUCCCGGCCCAUCUAACCGUGUACGACAUUGCCGGUUUGACCAAAGGUGCCUCUGCUGGUGAAGGUCUAGGUAAUGCCUUUUUGUCGCAUAUCAGAGCCGUCGACUCCAUUUACCAGGUUGUGCGUUGUUUCGACGACGCUGAAAUCAUUCACAUCGAAGGUGACGUGGACCCAGUGCGUGACUUGGACAUCAUCAACACGGAGCUGAGACUCAAGGAUAUCGAAUUCUCCGAAAAGCACCUUGAAAGCGUUCACAAGAUCACCAAGAGAGGUGGCCAGUCGCUGGAGGUCAAACAGAAGAAGGAAGAGGCCGCCUUGGUCGAGAAAAUCAUCGAACUGUUGAAGUCAGGUCAAAAGGUCGCCAACCAGACCUGGACCACCAAAGAGGUUGAAGUCAUCAACAGCAUGUUUUUGCUUACAGCCAAGCCCUCCAUCUACCUCAUCAAUCUAUCCGAAAAGGAUUUCAUCAGAAAGAAGAACAAGCACCUGCUCAAAAUCAAAGAGUGGAUCGACAAAUACUCCCCAGGCGAUUUGAUCAUUCCUUUCUCCGUCUGUUUGGAAGAGAGACUAUCGCACAUGACUUUGGAGGAAGCUGACGAGGAACUGAAAAACCUAGGCGUCGAGAGUGCCAUGCCUAAGAUUAUCACCACCAUGAGACAAAAGCUUGACUUGAUCUCUUUCUUUACCUCUGGUGCCGACGAAGUCCGUGAAUGGACCAUUCGUAAAGGCACCAAGGCUCCACAAGCCGCCGGAGUUAUCCAUAAUGAUUUGAUGAACACUUUCAUUCUCGCGCAAGUGAUGAAAUACGAGGACGUGAUUGAAUACAAAGACGAAGUUGCAAUCAAGGCAGCUGGUAAGAUGCAACAGAAGGGUAAGGAGUACGUGGUCGAAGACGGCGACGUCAUCUACUUCAGAGCCGGCGCCGGUAAGAACUAG